AUGCCAAACGGCAUAACUGUGACACCUGACGAAGAACAAAACUUGAAUCAUUAUGUACAAGUUUUACAAAACGUACUACUAAGUGUUCCCACUAGGGAGCCAGGCCAUGAGAAAAAAUCAGAGUCUUCAAAUAAUGUUUAUUCUAUGAGAUCGAAGGUAUCAAAAUUUAAGGAGAUAAUUACACAUGAUGACACUUCAACUGCGAAUGAUGUUUUAAUCAACCCCGUCACUGAUGGAACUACAACUUUCCCAACUAGAGACUUCACACUGGAAACAGGGAGGAAAAAACGGACUAAAAGUACAGCAUUCUGGUCGAUUAAACCAAACAAUAUUUCUAUUGUUUUACAUUCAAAAGAACCUUAUAUUGAAAAAGAAGAGCCAGAGCCAGAGCCAGAGCCAGACGUAAAACCAACUGGGGCGCCAAAGCCACGGUCAAAUGUCACUGAAUUAUCCCCAGGUACCUUGAAGACUGACUUCGAUACCUCCACAGAAGGAGAAGAUGUUCCUCAGCUCUCAGGAGAAUAUCAAACACUACCAUUUGAAAAAUACACAAUGAUUUUGAGUAAUGAAGACAUUUUGAAAAAAAUUUCAGAUAUUAGUUCAGAGGUACAGCAGGUACCUCAUGCAGAGAGUCUCAAGCCAGAGUAUAGAGAGGACAUUCUCGCCUCUAGAGAGCACCUGAAACGAAGCCUUGCUCUCGCGGCAGCGGCAGAACAUAAGUUAGAAAAAAUGUAUGAAUCCCAGUUUUUACCAUCAGAACGAAAUGGUAAAAUUGAUGACAUUGACACUGUUAUUACCAUGCUGUACAAUUCUAGAUCUAAGUUAUCUGAAUAUUUAGAUAUUAAAUAUGUCCCACCAGAGAUGAGAGAAAAAGCUACUACAGUCUUAAAUACAUUGAAAAAAAAUAUAUGUAUAAGUCAAAUAGAAACUCAGAACCUUAUUAGGAAGUUACUAAACAACAAUAUGAAAAUUUUAAACCUACUUGAUGUUCCUUGA